GAACUAGACAGUGUGUUACUGUUAUGAUUGACUCCAGUGACAGGGGGAUGCUUGUAUUUCUUUCACUGUGUGUUGUUUACUAAAGAUAAAGAACACAGAGAUGAAGUAGGACAUUUUGAUUCGUGUUGACUUGAUGACCCACAAGGCAGGCAACAGUUUUUGACAAAUGAGUUUCAAGUGCUAGAAAGUCAUUCAAGGAUCAUAAGGAAUCAAUACAACAUGUGCAUGAUGACCGUCACAUGUUGGACACGCCUGCUGCUCUUCUGUCUCUGCUGCCACCAUGAGAUCCAGCCUGCUGUAUGUAAACUUUGGUGGAUGUCACCCAAGUUCCCUUGUGAUGUCACAGCCAAAAACUCCUCUGAGGUCUUGUUCGACUGUAGAGGGCGUCAUCUGCAUGCAGUACCCGAGGGGAUAACCAGUAACGCAACUCAGCUCGACGUAUCAGAAAAUUUCAUCAAGAACAUUUCGGCUGACGCGUUUUCUGGCCUGCCGAACCUCACUCAGCUUAAGCUCAACUGGGCAAACAAGAAAGAGGAAGUGAACAUCGACGCCAAUGCUUUCAAAAAUCUAACAAAACUGCGUGUACUGAGUCUGAGUGGCACCUGUCAGACACAAAUUCCCAGAAAUCUCCCCCUCAGCGUGAAGACCCUGGAGUUAAACUUUAACAAGUUUGUGUCGGUGAAUAAGUCGAGUCUCGCCGGCUUAACGAAUGUGACGCAUUUAUGGUUAUCGAAAAACUGCUACAGCUGGCAUCCCUGUGGGCAGUCGUUUAAGAUUGAGGACGGCAGCUUUGAGAAUGUGUCCCAACUGCAGGCUCUGGACUUGUCCUUUAACAACUUAACUCAAGUUCCCAAAGGAUUACCCCGAUCGUUACGCAUUUUGAGGCUGGGUUCCAACCAAAUACAGAGCAUAUCUGAAGAUGACUUCCGUGGGUUAUAUAAUUUAGAAGCUCUAAAAAUACAAGGGAACUGUCCAAGGUGUCAAAAUGCUCCAUUCCCCUGUGUUCCCUGUGAAAACAGCUCUCUUAGCAUCCACCCUGAUGCAUUUGACGAUUUGACACAGCUUGACCUGCUGAAUCUUGGAGGAAACUCACUGACCAGCCUGAAUCCCUCCUGGUUUAAGAAGCUCAACAAGCUUAAACAAUUGUUGCUGGCUUUUAACUUCUUGCUAAAACCAAUUACUGAGGAUGCAGCGUUUCUAAGACACAUUCCCAAACUAGAAAAACUUGAUUUCUCAUUCAACUUCGAUCUUAAGUACUAUCCUAAGACUUUAAAUCUUUCAGCUGAGUUUUCAAAUCUUAGGUCUCUUAGAACUUUGCAUUUGGAGGGCUUGGUCUUCCAGAGUAUCGGACCAGGGACACUCAAACCUUUGUACCAGCUCAAAAAUCUGUCUGCACUGAACUUAGGGACUAACUUCAUUAUUUAUUCUGAUUCCACCAUAUUCAGCAAUUUCCCCCACCUGAAAAUGAUCUACCUCGCAGAAAACAGGCUGUACCCCAUUUCAGUAAAGAGCCCCCCACAUCCCAGCAAGGGAUCCAAUCAGAGGUCGGAAUUUUCGAUUUCGCCGCUUGUGAAGCCCCUUUGGAAAGAUUUUGAUUUUGAGAUUACACAAGGCUUAAUCAAGGAAGAGUGCUUUGACUCGGGACAAGUAGUAGUUCUCAGCUCAAAUAAUCUGUUUUUCAUUUCUCCAGAGCAAUUCCAGGGCUACGGAGAUAUCGCAUGUCUCAACCUCUCGAGAAAUGGAUUAUCAGCUGCACUUAAUGGAACAGAGUUCAGAGGGCUGGACAAUCUGACAUAUCUGGACCUGUCAUACAAUAAGAUUGAUCUGGCCUACGACUACGCCUUCAGUGAACUACAAAAACUGGAAGUGCUAGACCUCAGCCACAACGAACAUUACUUUAAAGUGUUCGGGGUAACGCACAACUUAAAUUUCACAAUGUAUCUGCCCGCCUUACGAGUGCUGAAUAUGAGUUUUAACAGCAUUCACACAUUGACAACAAAACAGAUGCACAGCAAAUCUUUAACAGAACUCCAGUUCACGCAUAACUACCUUGGAACUCUUUGGAAAGAAAAAGACGGCACAUAUAAGAGGCUGUUUGCCGAUCUCACUAAUUUGACAAUCUUAGACAUAUCCUACAACAAAAUUGCGAAGAUUCCUGAUGAUGUUUAUGCGUAUUUGCCACGGAACCUCGUCAGGCUACACAUAAAUCACAACAAGCUGAAAGAUUUCGUGUGGGACAAUCUGCAGUUUCUCCGUCAGCUUCAAGUUUUAGACCUGAGCUACAAUGUUUUGACCAAUGUGAGCGGCAUACACUCAAACGGCACCCACAAAAUGACCGUCCUCGACCUGAGUCAUAACCACAUCUUCCACUUGGACGACGGAUUUCUAAACGGUGCGAAAAGCCUUAGGGUUCUUAAACUCGGCUACAACAGACUGACGACCAUCAACCAAUCCACCUUCCAGCCGAGACCCGAGAGUCAGAUUGAAACUUUGUACUUGCAGAAAAAUCCCUUCCAGUGUACCUGCGACUCAUUAGAUUUCAUUCUAUGGAUUGAAAACAGCGGUAUAAAAAUCCCUAGACUGAUCACUGAGGUGACGUGUGACACGCCGGCAAACCAGAAGGAUGAACCUCUGAUAAAGUUCGACAUCAACCAGUGUGUAAAUGACAGUCAGGCGUUCUUGAUCUACCUUCUCACAAGCACCGUCAUUAUCACUUUCAUGUUUGUGGCGACGGUUGCUCACUUAUUUUACUGGGAUGCUUCCUACGUCCUGCACUAUGUUAAAGCCCAGCUGAAGGGAUACAGCUCCCUGAACUCAUCGCACGGUGUUUAUGAUGUCUUUGUGACUUACGACACCUCGGACCCUCAUGUGUCUGAGUGGGUGAUGAGGGACCUGCGAGUGAAACUGGAAGAGGAAGGAGAGAAGCAUCUUCCUCUGUGUCUGGAGGAGAGGGACUGGCCCCUGGGAGUCCCGCUGGUGGAUAACCUCACUCAGAGCAUUCAGUACAGUCGCAAGACCCUGUUUGUUUUGACAGAGGGCUACGUUAAGACCGGUGUUUUCAAGCUGGCGAUGUAUCUGGCCCACCAAAGGCUGCUGGAUGAGAAUAUCGAUGUGAUCGUGGUGCUGAUGCUGGAGCCCGUGCUGCAGCACUCUCACUUCCUGCGUCUGAGGAGGAGGCUGUGCGAGCAAAGCGUGGUGGAGUGGCCGAGGACACCUGCCGCGGAGCCCUGGUUCUGGCAAAACCUGAGGAAUGUGGUCAGAGUGGACAAUCAGGUGAUGUACAACAAGACUUACUCAAAGUACUUCACCAGCCGCUGAAACAAGACCAACAGCCUAAGAUUCAUUUAGAAUUCUAUCAUCACAUUUCUAAAAGAACUGUUUUGUCCACGUUGGCCAAACACUGACGUGGUCCAUCAAGACUUUUAUCAGAACACAAACAAAGACAUUAUUUCAUAAUUGUUUGCUGACAAUUAAAAAUGUGAAUAACAGAAUUUGACUGUGAUUUGUGUGAAAGUAUUAUUGUAUGAAUAAAUC